AUGGCGGUUCUAUACAGAACUUAUACCAUAAAAGAAUUGUCGGUCCAAGGCAAUUCGAUUUUCUUUGGAAUAUGUAAAUUACCACAUUUGAUGUUCCAGCCAACGAGUGGCGCUCGUUUGAAUAUGCUUAUUCUAACUACAUGCAUCCAAUCCACCAGGGAUGGGUUGCUAGCAAGCGACCUGAAAUUCAUUUCACUCUGGCACUGCAACAAGGAAGGAGCCCGGGAUGAAUGGUAUGACGAUUUUGCCACGCGAGCUCAAACUGAGUACGAUCUCCUGGGUCAUAUUGUUGAUUGGUUACGGAUUAUAUGCACGAGAAUCAGUGUGCAGUAUGUGGUAUUUGAAAAGGAAGAUCCUUGGAUCACUGCAUACAAGUUGGAGAAGGACAGAUUGAAAAAGGAAGCUGCUCGGAUCGCUAAAGAAAAGUUAGAAGAGCAGAGGCGCGCAGAUGCGAUUAUUCCGCCAUCUAUCUUUGACAUACCCUGGGCAAAGUCCAGGUCUUCUUAA